UGAAUGGCUCAUUAUCACAAUCUGUAGCCUAAGUUCAGGGCGAGCAGCAGCGUUAAGUCCUUCAGAGCAAAAGACGAGAGGGAAAGAGUCGGCAUGGCCCAGAAAAAUGACUUUCGGUUCUCCAUCAGGGAAUAUAGACCCUCCGACGAACAUGUGGUCAUGUCCCUCUUUCGCGACGGGAUACUUGAACACGUGUACCCAGCUUUCUUCAAGGCCAUGAGCCACCCGGACCAUGUUGGCGUCGCCCUGAGCCUUUCCAUGGCUGGGUAUGUGCUGGGAGGCAGCUCCUACUUCCAAGCGUUACUCUUUGGCAGCGCAUGGGCCGGCCUCCUUUAUUACUGCUGCCACGAGAUCUACGAAGGCUACAUGACCGGCAGGCUGAGCACAGACAUGGCCGACAUUCGAGCCAACUACCUGGAAAACCCAGACAGCGGUUUGUGGGUGGCAGAGGCAGACGCAGACGCCAACGGCCACUCCGAGGUGGUGGGGAUGGUGGCCGUGACGGGGAAAAGGAGAGGGGAGAAAGGCGAGAGGUUUGACGAGUGGAACGGAGGAGCGAUGGGAGACGGCCCCGAGUUUGCCCAAGACGCCGUGGACGGGAGUUACGGCGAGAUGUCCCACGCGGUCGUGGCGUUCCCGUGGCGCCGCCGACACCUGGGUUCACAGUUGACAGGGAAGGCCCUCGAUUUCUGCAAAGAGCGAGGAUACGCCCGCCUCGUCCUGGACGUCAGCUCGCCACAGACGGCGGCCAUCUCCCUCUACCAAAAAUUCGGUUUUGUUCAGACCGAAUGCCACCGUAACACACACGCCAACCGCUGGUUCUCCAAACUGGCCCGAAUAAAUGUGGUGCGAAUGGAGAAGUUCAUUUAAUGGACUUUUAGAUCUUCUAGCCCUGAUACAACCUCGACUGCACAUUAAGAAUACAUCAGUUAAUUUAUGCUGCUUGUCUCAUUCAAUGCAAAAAAAAUCUUUGAUAUUCAGUCACUCAUCACUCCAGCUAGCUAUCAUGAUAGUUUAUAAAAAAAAAGAUACAUUAAAUUUCAUGUUUUUUCCCCCCACAAAGCCGCAUUAAUGAUCUCAGUUUUCUUGCAUUUCUUUUUUGCCUUGAUGUAUUAUGUAUACACCUCUGACAGUCCAUUGCCCACAACCAUGGAAAACAAUGAGACAAUUAGUCAACUUCUCUGGUUAGUCAGAUUCAUUUUGUAAUUUGCACAUGGAACAACAAUAAAAUCUCAAUAAGGUAUUUUAUUGAAUUAACUCUCA